AUGAUGCUGAUCGUACAAGUCAUUGAUGCACAUGACCUCAAGCCUAAAGAUGGCGAAGGAUCCGCCAGUCCAUUUGUAGAAGUCGAUUUCCAAAACCAACUUAGUAAAACCACAACUGUCCCCAAAAACCUCAACCCCGUUUGGAACCAACGACUCUCGUUUCACUUUGACAAAACCUACGAAAACAACCGCCAUCAAUCCAUCGAGAUCACGGUUUACCAUGACGGCAAGUCGACGCUCGGAAGAAUCUUUCUUGGAAGGGUGAGCAUUCCGUUUAAGAACGUUGUCAAGAAAGGCGAAGAAGUGUACCAGAAGUUCCAACUUGAAAGCAAGCGGUGGUUCUCGUUCGUUAAAGGUGAAGUUGGUUUAAAGCUCUACAUUUCGCCAGAAUCCGAGCCGUUGAAGAAGCUUGAAGCUCGUGAUUCAGUUCCGAGGAUCGAAGCUUCGAAAUCUGCCACUAACGAGGAGAUUGAGGUGCUAUCGGAGGCAAAAAGAGCUUCCAAGCCGUUCAAAAAGAUUGAAACUAGUGCUGUCGUUGCUCCUUUGCCACCUGAUUCAGUUCCGGUGAUUGAAGUGCGUUCAGAGACGAAAAGAGCUUCCAAGCCGUUGAAAAAGAUUGAAGCGUGUACAGUCAUUGCUCCUUUGCCGCCUGAUUCGGCUCCGGUGAUUGAAGUGCGAUCAGAGGCGAAAACACGUGAAUCUUUGCUGGUUAAGAUGCAACCUCGGGGUAACCUUGAAGCAGAUCACGACUACGAGUUGAAGGACAUGAACCCACAACUUGGCGGCAGAAGGUGGCGGGGUGGCGGAACCUAUGGUGGAAGGGGGUGGCUGGGAGGGGAGAGAUCUGGAACCACGUAUGAUCUUGUUGAACAAACAUAUCAUCUUUACGUUAGGGUCGUUAAGGCAAAAGAUCUCGCUAGCGGUGACCCUUAUGCCGAGGUCAGACUAGGGAAUUAUGUCGGAAGAACGAGGCAUUUAGAGCAUCGGGCAAACCCCGAAUGGAACCAGGUGUUUGCAUUUUCGAAAGAUCGUAUCCAAUCAUCGACUUUGGAAGUUUAUGUGAAAGAUAAGGAGAUGUUCGGGAGAGCCGAUUACUUAGGGAGAGUGGUUUUCGAUCUGAACGAGAUUCCAACAAGGGUCCCACCAGAUAGCCCGUUGGCUCCCCAGUGGCACAGAAUGGAGAGGGGUAGAGGUGAACUCAUGGUUGCCGUUUGGAUGGGAACACAAGCCGAUGAAGCUUUUCCGGAGGCGUGGCACUCAGAUGCUUCCACCGUUCAAGGAGAAGGCGUUUUCAAUGUUCGAUCAAAGGUUUACGUUUCUCCAAAACUUUGGUAUCUCCGAGUGAACAUAAUCGAAGCUCAAGAUUUGAUCUUGAAUGACAACACCCAUGUUCCGGAAGUCUCUGUGAAGGUACAAGUGGGAAACCAAGUUCUAAGAACAAAGAUUUGUUCGGGGAGGGCGAUGAAUCCGAUAUGGGAUGAAGAUUUGGUGUUUGUUGCCGCCGAGCCUUUUGAAGAAUUGUUGGUGCUUACAAUAGAGGACCGGGUGAACUCUUCAAGAGACGAGGUUUUGGGGACGUUGAAUCUACCAUUGACUACGUUCGAAAAACGGCUCGACCACAGGCCGGUUCAUUCUCGUUGGUUUAAUGUGGAGAAGUACGGGUUCAAUGGUUUAGAAGGUGAGAGAAGGAGAGAACUUAAGUUUUCUAGUAGGGUGCACCUCCGGGCUUGCUUAGAAGGCGGGUACCAUGUUCUUGAUGAAUCAACAUUGUAUAUAAGUGAUCAACGACCCACGGCUAAACAGUUAUGGAAACCGCCGUGUGGGAUCUUGGAAGUCGGGAUUUUGGGUGCACAAGGGCUGCUUCCGAUGAAGAUCAAAGAUGGGAGAGGGUCUACAGACGCUUACUGUGUGGCAAAAUAUGGACAGAAAUGGGUUCGGACAAGAACGAUUCUGGAUACCCUCAAGCCAAAAUGGAACGAGCAGUACACAUGGGAAGUUUACGAUCCCUGCACAGUCAUCACAAUGGGGGUUUUCGACAAUUGCCACUUGGGAACUGAGAAGCACGGUGCUGGCCCCAGUACGGUAAGAGAUUCAAGAAUCGGGAAGAUAAGGAUCCGGUUAUCGACUCUUGAAGCUAAUCGAACUUACACACAUUCUUACCCACUGAUUGUACUCCAACCCUCUGGGGUGAAAAAGAUGGGUGAGCUGAACCUAGCAGUUCGAUUCACCACCCUAUCCAUGGCUAACAUGGUUUCAACCUACGGUAACCCUCUGCUGCCUAAAAUGCAUUACUUGCAUCCUUUCACAGUAAACCAGAUUGAAAACUUAAGAUAUCAAGCGAUGAAUAUAGUGUCAGCACGGCUUGGUCGAGCUGAACCGCCUCUUAGGAAGGAGGUGGUUGAGUACAUGCUAGACGUGGAUUCUCACAUGUGGAGUAUGAGGAGAAGCAAAGCAAACUUUUUCCGGUUAAUGUCUCUGCUUUCAGGGUUGUUCUCCAUUGGCCGGUGGCUGAAUGAUGUCUGCCACUGGAAAAAUCCGGUGACAUCCGUAUUGGUUCACAUCCUGUUUCUGAUUCUAGUGUGGUAUCCAGAGCUCAUCCUACCCACUAUCUGUCUCUACAUGUUCUUGAUUGGACUAUGGAACUACAGGUCCCGGGCUAAACACCCGCCUCAUAUGGACCCAAAACUAUCAUGGGCUGAGGCGGUGCACCCUGACGAACUCGAUGAAGAGUUUGACACUUUCCCGACAACUAGAACGGCUGACAUCGUUCGUAUGCGGUACGACAGGAUCCGGAGUGUGGCAGGGAGGAUUCAAACAGUAGUGGGGGAUGUAGCUACACAAGGAGAGAGAUUUGGAAUGUUACUUACCUGGAGAGACCCUCGAGCAACAAGCCUGUUCGUCUUUUUCAGCCUCUGUGCAGCAGUGGUCCUGUAUGCAACUCCGUUUAGAGUGGUGGCACUCGUUGGCGGAUUGUAUAUGUUUCGACAUCCCCAGCUACGAAGCAAAUUGCCUUCAGUUCCAAACAAUUUCUUUAGGAGAUUACCUGCUCAAACAGAUAGUUUACUCUAACAAGUGUACCAGUCAUCGAACGAGCCAGUCACCUACACGCUAUUU